AUUUCCUAUGUGUGCGUCGCUGUCGUUUUCUUCGGCUUUUUUUGCACAUUGUGUAUUAGAUUGUUUUAUAUAUAAACCAUUGAAUUGUUUAUGUUACCAAGGACUUAACAGUUAUCUAAUUGACUCUACAAGAAAAUAUGCAUUCAUGUAUUGGUUUGGCUAAGGUUGCUUACUGAAUAUAAACAUUUAAAGUAUUCACUCUGAUAAGUGGAUAAGCAUAUCCAUAUAUAGAGAUCUUUAAAAUGAAUAGCACAGAAUUUGCUGGAGCGAAUAGUUCCCUGGGAAAUGCUGUGGCCGAUGCACUGAAUUCAGAGCAGACGAUACGCUCUACUAACACCCAAGUAUCAUCUGGCGGCAAUGGUUUGGCACGCGUCGACAUGGACUUGGAUCCAUAUCAGACGGAAGACGCGACCAACCACAAUUUGGGCAACAACUCAUCGGGUGGGUUUCGAUGGAAACGCGUCCUUAAUCCAACAGGUCCUCAACCUCGUCCACGACAUGGACACCGGGCCAUAAAUAUUAAAGAGCUUAUGGUUGUUUUUGGAGGCGGAAACGAAGGAAUCGUUGACGAACUCCAUGUUUACAAUACAGUGACCAAUCAAUGGUAUGUGCCCGUGUUGAAAGGAGAUGUACCCAAUGGAUGCGCUGCAUACGGAUUUGUUGUUGAGGGAACGCGCAUGUUUGUCUUUGGCGGCAUGAUCGAAUAUGGGAAAUAUUCAAAUGAGCUCUACGAGUUGCAGGCCACGAAAUGGGAGUGGAGGAAAAUGUAUCCAGAAUCGCCAGAUAAUGGAAUGUCCCCGUGUCCUCGACUCGGCCACAGCUUCACUAUGGUUGGCGAGAAAAUAUUUCUCUUUGGCGGACUGGCUAAUGAAUCGGAUGACCCUAAAAACAAUAUACCAAAGUAUCUAAAUGACUUGUAUAUAUUGGACACUCGCGGCGUGCACAGUCACAAUGGAAAGUGGAUUAUUCCAAAGACAUUUGGUGACAGCCCUCCACCUCGCGAGUCACACACUGGAAUAUCAUUUACAAGCAAGCAAACUGGUAAAUUAAGUUUACUUAUAUAUGGUGGCAUGAGUGGUUGUCGCUUGGGUGACUUAUGGCUUCUGGAUACAGAAUCUAUGACUUGGGAAAAACCACGCACCCGAGGCCAAGCUCCGUUGCCGCGUUCUCUACACAGUUCCACAAUGAUUGCAAAUAAGAUGUAUGUUUUUGGAGGCUGGGUUCCAUUGGUGAUCAACGAUUCCAAAGCGACCACAGAACGGGAAUGGAAGUGCACAAAUACACUAGCUGUGCUCGAUUUAGACACAAUGAUUUGGGAGAAUGUCACCUUGGAUACUGUUGAGGAAAACGUUCCCAGAGCUCGAGCUGGACACUGUGCAGUUGGCAUUCAAAGUCGUUUAUACGUAUGGUCGGGUCGAGACGGUUACCGCAAAGCAUGGAACAACCAGGUUAGGGUUUGUUGUAAGGAUUUGUGGUACCUGGAGGUAACCAAGCCACUCUAUGCGGUGAAAGUGGCGCUAGUUCGAGCAUCGACCCAUGCGCUAGAGCUCUCGUGGACGGCGACCACCUUUGCCGCAGCCUAUGUGCUGCAAAUACAGAAAAUUGAACAAGCGCCAGCUGUACCCAAUACAAAACAACCCCCCGCUCAAGGCCAAACCCUAGCUCCACAGCCUGCGACUACCGCAAAUGGUGGUGAGGGCGCCCCGCUUGUCGCCUCGGCUGCCCUCAAAUUCGAAAAGAAUCCCAUUUCGGUCUUGCAUCUAACUGGAGCAAACAGCCCAGCAGCAGCAGCAGCAGUUUCAGCAGGCACAGCAACAGCGGCCACAAUUACAGCUGUUAGUAAGUCUGCUCAAUCGUCGACUGUUUUUGUCACCCAGUCGCAAGUCAAAGCGGCACCGGGAUCGUCGUGCGUGUCUGCGGCUGCAGAAGCAGGCGUAACACCUUCGAUUGUUGCAGUCCAGCAACAACCACAACUAUCGAUUAUCAGCAGCACAGCAACAGGUGUGAACACAAAUACUCGCGGAGAUAGUGGGGGGAUAAUACAGAAGUUUAGACCUAGUGCUUCAAUUAUCAAAACAUCUGCCUCUCAGGCAAACCAGGAUGGCCAAAGUGUUGCUGCACGUGUCGGUGCGCACUCUGUGACGGCGCCUAGUGGCGGCGUAGUCCUUGCCACUUCGCAGUCGUCAGCUGGAGGACUACGAAUCAUCCCUGGCAUCUCCACUAACACAGGCAUCUCUGGUGGGCAAUCCUUGCGACUGACCCCAUAUGGCAGCAGCGCAAGUGUUGCUGGCGGAAGCUCAUCAACUACAACAAUACUAAAAGCUUCGCAGCCGAGCGCUGCGGUGCAGACAAGUUCGUCGGCUGUGGCGACGACAACUACGUCCCUAGGUGGCAAGCAAUACUUUAUACAGAAGCCUCUCACAUUGGCUCCGAAUGUACAGCUGCAGUUUGUGAAGACUAGCGGUGGUGGCAUGACGGUGCAGACUCUGCCGAAGGUCAGCUUUAAUAUUGCUAAAAGCGGCGGCGGUGCCCAGGGUCAGGCAAUAUCUAUUAGCAACCAACAGCUCAGUGCUGGGUCGACACCAAAUCAGAUUGCAUCAGGCAGCACUGUGCAGCCAAAGACAGUGAUGGCUGGUGGAACGACCCUAAUAACAUCGUCUUCGGCGACGAGUGCAAGUGGACAACAAAAUCAACAGCAACAACACCAACAACACCAGCAGCAGCAGCAGCAAUCGACGAUCCAGCAACAAAAGUCGAUUGUAUCUGGCAAUGUUUUAAAACUAGUUACUCCACACACGAUGUCUGGCGGAAAAUUGAUUAUGAAGAACUCCAACAUACUGCAAAUGGGCAAGGUCACACCCAACGUGAUGGGCAAGCCCGCCUUUGUCAUCACUAACAAGCAAGGCACCCAGCUGGGCAAUCAGCAGAUAAUAAUAGUAACUACUGGAUCUAGUCUGCGCACUGUGCCGGCCAGCUCUGUGAUGAGUAGUGCUGGCAGCGCUGGGUCCACAAACAUAGUCAGCAUCGUUGGUUCCACUGGUACAACGGCCACACCCAUUGCUACUGGCGUACAGCGCACAGUAUUAACCGGUCAGAGUAAUGUUAAAAUGGUGCGCAAUAUCCAGGGGUCCGCAGGAGCAGCUGCAGGUCGCCCUAUCACCCUCACCUCCGUUAACAGCGGCGCCGUCGCAGCUGGCCAGAAGCUAACACAACAAAAGACCGCCGUAUACAUUGGAGGCAAGUCGGUGACUGUGAUGAGCGCCAAUUCCAGCAUAUCCAGCACACCAGGCACGAGCUCGACCAACAAGUUAGUCAUGUUGCCCGGAGCAACAGCUGCGCGCAAAGGGUUUGUGAAUAUUUUCAAUGCGGGUGGUGCCGCUGGUGCUGCUGGGGUCGGCCAACGCACAUUAGCAUUGACAAGUAGACCGACGGCACCGGCAGUCAAGACGACCGUGCAUCAGCUAAAGGAGAAGCAGGAGAACAGUGUUGCGAAGGCAGCGAUCGCUAUUGCCACAACGGGUGAAACCGAUACCGUCGAUGACAUCAUCGAGCAACUGGACGGUGCUGACGAUCUACUAACUCCGACAAAGGAUAAGCCACAAGAGCUGGAGGAUAUGGAGGAUGGGGACGGGACUGUAAUUGCUGCCACGUCCUCAACCACUACAUCGCCAUUAACAUCAACACUAACGUCAACAUUAGUGCCAUUGGCAGCCAUGUCGAGGACCGCCGAAAAUCCAUCAACAGAUAUCCAAAUGGCAGAUCCAGCGAUUGAUGAUAUUUCCAGUGUUAGCAGCACGACGGAUGUUCAGAAAAGUUCCGUCGCGGCUGCACCUGCGAUUAACGAUAAGAACGAUAACGUCGACUCGAAUUCUGGCUGCAUAGCUUCAGUUACAACCACAGCAACGAACUUGAAUCUGCCGACUGCUUCGGAGACUGAGGCUGCAAAUAUAUUAACUACAAUUAAAUCGGGCGAGGGUUUAGCGAGCAGCAGCAAUACCAUAUCAAAGGAUACUGGGAUAUCCACAACGAGUGAUUCGGAUGCAUCACAAAGCCAAUUAGCAAUAUCUGCUCUACGACAACAUCAUCAUCAAAAUGUAGACGGCUCUCAUUUGGAGGCUUUGGCAUCGGCAGCUGUUAUGCAAGCGGCCACCGCGACAGCGGAUUCAACUAAACCAAGUAUGAGCCUAUUGGAUAGCUUAUCCGCUGCCCAUAUUGGUAGCAAAUCGAGUGAUCAACUGAAAAGCUGCAAUGACAACAAUGUACCUUCAGUAAAUGCUACCAAUUCAACGAUCGAUGACAACGAUAAGUGGCAUACUGUGGGAAUAUUUAAAGAUCUGUCCCAUACUGUCACUAGCUAUAUUGAUUAUAAGUACUUUAACGAGGCUCAGCUAGAAAAUUUUGAUGCCGAUAAUCUACCCGACUUAUCUCAAUAUCCGCGUAUUAGCUUGGAUCCGGGUACCGCGUACCGUUUUCGUCUGGCUGCCGUUAACACGUGUGGGCGUGGCGAAUGGGGAGAGAUCUCAAGCUUUAAGACGUGCCUACCUGGUUUCCCUGGUGCCCCAUCAGCCAUCAAGAUAUCCAAGGAUGUUAAAGAGGGUGCGCACCUGACAUGGGAACCGCCACCGGCGCAAAAGACUAAGGAAAUAAUUGAAUACUCGGUUUAUCUGGCUGUCAAGCCGACAACAAAAGACAAGGUAGCAUCACCUCAGUUGGCGUUCGUACGCGUCUAUGUUGGCGCGGCCAAUCAAUGCACAGUGCCUAAUGCGUCGCUAUCCAAUGCGCAUGUCGACUGCUCCAAUAAGCCAGCCAUUAUUUUCCGAAUCGCCGCACGCAACCAAAAGGGCUACGGGCCCGCGACGCAAGUCAGAUGGCUGCAAGAUCCCACAACAACCAAGCUACAAGGCGCCGCAAACGCAACUAACUUAAAGCGCAACCAAGAGAAGAGUGGAGGAACUUCUUCUACAAGCAGCUACAGUUCGCCCCAGAAGCGGGCCCGCAGCAGUGGACUGCAGGGAAUUGACUAAGUGUGUCGUCAUUAAGCGUAUAUAAUUGCAACUUGGAUUCUAGCUGUACAGUUUCUUUAGAAAUGGAAUAGCUCAGUGUAUCGUCCGUACGGAAGCUACUCCAGAAACCUAUUUGUACAGUGUCAGCAGUAAUCGGAUCCAUUUGGAAAUGCUUCCAUUAAUUAAGGACCAUCAGCUCCAUAAUAAUAAGCAAGAGCAUGGCGUGGUUAAACGAAUUAGACUCUAACUAGCGUAUUUUAACGUCUUAAAUAUACACAUGAACAUUUACACACUUACAUGAUCACACACACACCUAACUUAUUUUAAGUCAUGAAAGUCGAAAGUAAUACACUCACCACUUAUAAUAUGCAAUUUAUUCAUUUUCGAGAAUAAAAU